ACUCGUGUUUCUCAUCUCUUUGGAUGAACUUCGGUCUUUCUGCCCUGCUCUCUGCCCUCGUUUAUUCCGCUUACCCUGGUAAUUUCAACAACGUUACACUCACUCAAAACCCCUCAGCGCUUAAACCAAACUCUGGGGAAUUUCUAGGAUCUCUGUCACAAGAACACACUAUUUUGCAUGAAACAGAGACCGAAUCAUGCGUAGUAUCGUAUGGUACUGUUCCAUUUAUGUUGGUGACUGGGGUAUAA